AUGGCAUCGUCGUCGUCCAACGUUGUGGGUGUCCACUACAGAGUGGGAAAGAAAAUUGGUGAAGGAUCGUUCGGUGUAAUCUUUGAGGGCACGAACCUUUUGAAUAACCAGCAGGUGGCCAUUAAAUUCGAACCACGGAAAAGCGAUGCACCGCAACUCCGCGAUGAGUAUCGGACGUACAAGAUUCUAGUCGGAUGUCCGGGCAUUCCCAAUGUCUAUUACUUCGGACAGGAGGGUUUACAUAACAUCUUGGUGAUUGACCUACUCGGUCCGAGUCUGGAGGAUCUUUUCGAUCACUGUAAUCGUCGCUUUUCGACAAAGACAGUUGUGAUGGUGGCUAAGCAGAUGCUGUCUCGCGUCCAAACGAUCCACGAGAAAAACCUAAUCUACCGUGACAUCAAGCCCGACAACUUCCUCAUUGGCCGCCCUAAUUCCAAGGCUGCCAACGUUAUUCAUGUCGUCGACUUUGGUAUGGCCAAGCAAUAUCGUGAUCCAAAGACCAAGCAGCACAUCCCUUAUCGUGAGCGAAAGUCGCUGUCCGGUACAGCUCGCUACAUGAGUAUUAACACCCACCUGGGCCGGGAGCAGUCCCGGAGAGAUGACCUGGAAGCUCUGGGCCACGUUUUCAUGUACUUCUUGAGAGGAGGUCUUCCAUGGCAAGGACUGAAAGCCGCGACGAACAAGCAGAAGUACGAGAAGAUUGGCGAGAAGAAACAAACUACUGCGAUCAAGGACCUGUGCGAGGGAUUUCCUGAAGAGUUUACGAAAUACCUCACUUAUGUCCGCAACCUUGGGUUCGAAGACACACCGGAUUACGACUACUUGAGAGACUUGCUCACGCAGGCCUUGAAGAACGCAGGAGAGGUCGAAGAUGGCGAAUAUGACUGGAUGAAGCUCAACAAUGGAAGAGGAUGGGAGUACAAGUCGUACUCGUCCCAGCAGCACCUCCACAACAACGCACUCCCCAAUUCGUCUGCUCGUGAGCUUCAUGCUCAGCAGCUACGCAACAGCCAGAGGCCUGGUGUGACAGCAGAUCGUUUAAACGCCGCGCAGCCCCCGCCCCCUUCUCCGGCGAAGCCGGGAGCAGGGAAGACGCGCGAGCGGCAAAACGUCCAAGGCGGGAUGCCACCGAAGCGCCAGAGCGGGGGGAUGGACACCACACCGACGGUGUCCACUCAGGCACAGUUCCAGAACUCGAACGCCAACAUUCCGGGUCGCAUGGGAAGCCCAGCCAACCCAACGAAGAAUAGCCAGCAAGGCCCAGGCGCUCAAGGGAACAAUGAGCCGCAGCCCACUUUCGUUCAGAAAGUGAUGAAAGCGUUAUGCUGCGGUAGGUGA